AUGCGUGGGAGGAGAAGAGGCUACCUACUUCUUAAGGGAAGUUCACGAGGGAGUUUGCGACAACCACUCUGGAGGUCUAUCUUUGGCGUAAAAAAUACUGAGAUAGGGGUACUAUUGGCCUACCUUGAAAAAGGAUGCCCUCCAAUUUGUACGAAAGUGCGACAAAUGCCAACAAUUCUCUCCUAUCCAAAGACAACCAUCGCAAGAUUUGACCACGGUCUCUACCCCUUGGCCCUUCUUGAAGUGGACAACGACAACAACAAGGUCAGAAGUUUGUGUGAAGAACUUGGCAUCAAGAAGCACUUCUCCACACCUCACCACCCACAAGCUAAUGGUCAAGUUGAGGCUGUGAACAAUAUCAUAAAACACGUCCUAAAAAUGAAGCUUGAUGUGUCAAAAGGGGCCUGGGUGGAUGAGCUGCCACAAGUGCUUUGGGCAAUCCGAAACACUACGAGGACUCCCAUAGGGAAAACAGCUUUCCUCAUGGCAUUGGGAACUGAGGCGAUGACCCCAUCGAGGUCGGACUUCCUUUAUUGA